UCCAGGGCGGGGGCGGGGCGAAAAGUCUGAGAUGUUGGAGUCGGUCUCUAUUUGUUGGGGUUUCGGCUCCACUGUGGGAAUCGGCCUCUCCUCUUCCUGCCCACGGAACAGUGAGUGUCUGUCAGCGCCUCACCGCACCGGCUCUCUGCCUCAGUUAGCAGUUGUUGCGACUGUGGAAAUGUCUGGACGUGGAAAAGGCGGCACUGGCAAAGCUUGGUCCAAGGGCAAAUCUUGCUCGUCCCGGGCUGGACUACAGUUCCCUGUCGGCCGGGUUCACAGACUCCUAAGAAAGGGCAACUAUGCUGAGCGGGUGGAUGCCAGAGCCCCGGUCUAUCUGGCUGCUGUGCUCGAGUAUCUGACGGCGGAAAUCCUCGAAUUGGCGGGCAACGCGGCCCGGGACAAUAAGAAGACCCGCAUCAUCCCCCGACACCUGCAGCUGGCCGUCCGCAACGACGAGGAGCUGAACAAGCUGCUGGGAGGGGUGACUAUCGCUCAGGGCGGUGUGUUACCCAACAUCCAGGCCGUACUGUUGCCCAAGAAAACCGGCGCUGCCAAUGUCCUGGGUACUAUCAGCAGCUUCUUUCCGUCCUGUGCAGUAGUCCCUCCAUACCAGACAGAGAUGCAGCCUGUCAGAAUGUUCUCCGCGGUCCGGCUAUGGAGUCUACAAAGGCACAUUUACCCUGUGAAACUGACGGUGUAACGUUCUCCUUUGCGUGUACUAAUAACGCCGAAUUCAACGUCGAGAUAAACCAGUCAAUGAGACCAGAUCGCAGUACCACAGCUCUGAGGGGCCGAAGGAGCAGGAGCCGCCCCCUCCUUCCGGAGAAUCGCAAGAUCGCUAUUAAUUCGGGUCUCGGAAGUGAGAGACAAUGCAAUGCUUCUGACCAUUGUUCUUAGAGGCACCUGUGUGUCCUUACUACGUGACAGAUGCCAUGGACAUGAACACCCUCGGGACAUGUGGGGGUGGAGAUUGCAUCCCCCUACUUUGAUGGACAGCUACAACUCUGCAAGUAAAGAUAGAAGCGGACUGCAGGAUGCAGUACCCUAGCGAUGCACCAGAAGAACUUGCUUGCUCAAAGCUCCCUUGAGAGCUGGAAGCCACUCAACUCCUAACACCUUUGCCUGGGGAGCGGGUGGCUGAUAAUACCGAGAAGGACUUCAAACUAACAACGGGGAAACCAACGCUCCCCUGGUUUUAACGGAGUGGCUUCAUAAAGACACGGGCAAGUUUUCUUUUCGUUUUCACCGAACCCUCUAAAACACGUGAAACCCAACGAUUCCUCGAAAGGCUAAAGUCUGCAGACUUCUGAAUGACUUUUUAUAUUUCCAAUGGACAAAAAUAUUAUCCCCUAGACAACAGCCGAGAUUACUUCUUAAUGAUGAUUAUGACUAUACCCGCGCUUUAGAUUGAGUAUUGGUGAUGUGCGUUAUCUGAAUGUUUGCAUUAACCUUACUUUUGUGCCCCUUUAUAAAUAAAAACAUUUGAAAAUAGUGA